AUCCCUAGCACGCUCACCUUUAUUUCCGCUGUUAAAAGCAGCAGCUCCAUCGCCGCCUCGCUUCCCCAACAGUCCAAGAAGCCCCCGUUUGCAUCUCCGAUCCUUCCUCUUUCUCACGCCGACGAGAUCAAACAAGGCCUGUGAUCCGAGAAGGCCGGCACCAAUCUCAAUCUUCGAUCGUUGCCAAGAUAUCGGUAGCGAUAAGAGAGGCAGGCACGAUGAUGGCAACGAUGAAGCAGUGGGUGAGCGACGGCAUCCGCUCAGCGGGAUUUCUCCUCUGGGCGCCGCUGCUAGCGUCCUACGCUCCGCGGGGUCUGCCAAAUAUGUACUUCAACCUUCACCUCCGGCGGUAUGCGAGGCGGCUGGUCCCGCUUCUGGACCCCUUCGUCACUAUCGACAUCGUCAGCAAGAAGCCUUCCAGUUCCAGUUUUGCCAAGCCUUCCGAAUAUGACAAGUGCAGCGACGCCUACCAGGAGGUGAAGGCGUACCUCACCAAGAGGUGCUCGCGGGACGCGCUCGCGUUCCGCGCCGAUGCCACCGGCCAGCGCUGUAGCUUCUUGCUCAGCCUCCGCCAGGGGCAGGAGGUGACCGACCACUUCCAAGGCGUCACCAUGUGGUGGCUAUUGGUGCCACGCAAAAGAGGCGUGUCGGAGGAGAAGAGCCGCCUCCGCCUCAUGUUCCCCCAGCGGCACCGGGCGCUGAUCGUCGACGAGUACCUACCGCACGUCCGUCGACAAGGCCGCGAGGACAUGUUCGGCAAUCGAAGGCAGAGCCUCUACACCAACAAGAACAAGAGAGAGUAUUACGGCGGUGAUGAUAAGGUGUGGAGCAAGAUGGACUUUGAGCACCCAUCCACCUUCGACACCCUCGCGAUGCACCCGAACAAGAAGCGCAGGAUCAUGGAAGAUCUGGACAGCUUCCGUGGAAACAAGGACUACUACUGCCGGAUCGGAAAGCCAUGGAAGCGCGGCUACCUCCUCUAUGGCCCACCAGGCACAGGCAAAUCCACCAUGAUCGCCGCCAUGGCCAACUACCUCAACUAUGACAUCUAUGACAUCGAGCUUACAUCAUUGUCCAACAAUAGCGAGCUCCGUGAUCUCGUCACCAAUAUGACAAGCAAGUCAAUCAUCGUCAUCGAGGACAUAGACUGCUGCUUCGAUGAUUUCAACAGCCAGCGAACGGAGAACAAGAGCCAGAGCAUAUCGUCCGGGUACGAGAAAAAAGAGAGAGUGACCAUGUCCGGCCUGCUCAACUUCAUCGAUGGUGUCUGGUCUACUCUAAGUGGUGAGCGGAUCAUCGUGUUGACGACCAACUUCCCAGAGAAGCUCGAUCCGGCGCUGAUCCGGCGUGGGCGGAUGGACAUGCACAUCGAGAUGUCCUACUGCUGCUUCGAGGCGUUCAAGAUGCUAGCCAGGAACUACCUUGGCAUUGGAGCGCACCCUCUGUUUCAAAGGGUCGAGGAGCUGCUGCAGGUGGUGGAGAUCACUCCAGCUGACGUUGCCGAGUGCCUGCUUAAGGAUGAGGUCCCAGGCUCCGACCGUGGUGUGGAGGCAUUCCUUGGGCGCCUCAUCGAGGAACUCGAGAAGAAGGCCCAAGAGCAGAAAGGCAAGGUUGGAAACAUUGCUGCUGCAAAGCCAAAGCGGCAGCGGCGUUGACACACCAAGUGAGUGAGGAUGCUUUUAACGGGACCAGUAAGGCGGAGGCAGAUCGAAGAGGCCAUGUCUGUUGACUGAUCGAGGAACGGCGUUGGCGUGACGAAUAUCUAAAUAAAUCCAUGAAAACACUCGAUCGAGUAGUAGUUUAGGGCAAAGAACCCGAUGUUCCCUUUUCAUUAUGAUGAAUGGACCUAUUUUUAUUCAACUGUACUACUAUGUACGUAGGUAAAAUGUCGUUGGUCAUGCCUCUGUAUUUUUUUAUUUUUGAUGAAUUGGCGCCCUCGAGACGAGCAGUAUUAUUAUCCAGGGUGAUCCCUGAGUUUUGCGAUGCUUAA